GAUAAUAAACAUUGAAAAGUCUAUACUCUCUAUAGUCUAUAUGUUCCUCAUCGAUCCCUACUACAAAGUUUCAUUUUCCUCAAAGUUGAGUACUAUUGCUAAGGUGCUUCAACCCAGGAAUAUGGAUCCAAAGUUUUUUGAAGCAAUAAGGAAAAAUGACAUAACCACAUUUUCAAGCUUAGUUAAAGGGAAUGAAGAAAUACUUAAUCAGAAAACGGAAGAUUCAUUCAGCACUCCAUUACACCUUGCUUCCAAGUAUGGUUGCACUGAAAUGGUGUCUGAGAUUCUCAGGUUGUGCCCUGACAUGGUUUUUGCUGAGAAUAAACAACUCAAGACUCCAAUUCAUGAGGCUUGCCAACAAGAGAAUGUCAAGGUCUUAAUGUUGCUGUUGGAGGCCAAUCCAACAGCUGCUUGUAAGCUGAACUCAUCUUGUAAAAGUGCUUUUUUGGUGGCUUGCAGCCAUGGUCAUCUAGACAUGGUGAAUCUCCUGCUGAAUCUAUCUGAGAUGGUGGGGCUAGAAGUAGCAGGCUUUGAUGAAACUUGUAUCCAUAUUGCUAUAUCAAGAGGGCACACAGAUGUUGUGAGAGAGUUGUUGAAUAAGUGGCCAGGGCUUAAUCAAGUGAUUGACGACAAUGGAAAUUCACUAUUGCAUCAUGCUUGUAAUAAAGGGCACAAGGAGAUUGCAUGGAUCCUACUAAGACGUGAUCCAAAUCUUGCUUUACAAUACAACAACAAUGGUUACACACCACUGCACCUGGCAGUGAUGAAUGGGAAAGUCUCAAUCCUUGAGGACUUUGUGUCAAGCUGUGCUGCAUCAUUUCACUAUCUCACAAGAGAAGAAGAGACAAUAUUUCACUUAGCUGUGAGGUACGGAUGCUAUGAUGCAUUUGUAUUCUUGGUGCAAGUUUCCAAUGGUACCAAUCUAUUGCAUUGUCAAGAUAGAUUUGGCAAUAGUGCUCUACACCUUGCAGUUAUAGGUGGCCGCCAUAAGAUAGCAGAGUUCUUGAUCAUCAAGACAAAGCUAGAUAUUAAUACUCGGAACAGUGAAGGGAUCGCAGCACUUGACAUCCUUGACCAGGCUAUGGACAGUGCAGAAAAUAGGCAAUUACAAGCCACUUUUAUCCGAGCUGGAGGUAAAAGAAGCUUCAACCAAUCUUCAUCUUUUUCACUGGAAAUAGAAAAGUCCAAUUCGCAUUCACCAGCAGCGUCUAGGCUUUCUUUGUCAAGGAGGUUUAUGGCUAACGAAGUGGAAGUGCUGAAUGACAUGGUUUCUUAUGAUUGUACAAGCCCUCCUAAAGUUAGCAAAAGCACAGACCCUAGAUCACCUCAGCCUCAAGUAAGUGAGACAUUAGAGAAUGGAGCCUAUACACCAUAUUACUUCUCCCCAACAAUUUUAGGGAAACACAAGCAUCACAGCAAAAGAAAAGUGGAAAAUCUAAAUCAACAUUACUAUACUCAGAGGAAUAAGUACCAUCAUGAAAUGCACAAAGAGGCAUUACUGAAUGCUAGGAACACAGUUGUAUUAGUUGCUGUUUUGAUUGCAACUGUCACUUUUGCCGCCGGUAUUAGUCCCCCUGGUGGUGUGUACCAAGACGGACCGAUGAAAGGGAAGUCAAUGGUGGGUAAAACAACAGCUUUCAAGGUCUUUGCAAUAAGCAACAACGUAGCACUUUUCACCUCUUUGUCUGUAGUUAUUGUUCUUGUUAGUAUCAUUCCCUUUAGGAGAAAACCACAGACAAUACUACUAAUGAUGGCUCACAAGGUCAUGUGGGUAGCUGUGGCAUUUAUGGCAACCAGCUACGUUGCUGCCACAUGGGUGAUCUUGCCACAUAGUCAAGAGAUGCAAUGGCUUUCUGUUGUGCUGAUAGCAUUAGGUGGUGGCUCUUUGGGAACAAUAUUCAUUGGUCUUAGUGUGAUGCUGGUUGAGCACUGGCUGAGGAAAUCCAAGUGGAGAAAGACAGGGAAGGAAGGCCUUGAUGGAGAUGCAAACUCAGAAAAGGAAAGUAAAAAUUCAGAUUUUGAGAGCUCUUAUUUGCAGGGUUAUCAUUCAUACUGAUUAAUUUGGCUCCCUAAGUGAAAAUAUUAUGUUAUGUGUAAGGAGAAUGUACAUUAAUACCACUUCUACAAGAAUGAUAUAAAAGUAUGAGUAUUGUUUGGUACAA